AUGGCGCAGAAGGGUGGUGGUGGUGCGAAACAGGCUACUUUGGGGAAGUUCUUCGGUGCCAACGCAGGUUCUGCGUCGCUCCCAAAGAAACAGGCUACUUUGGCAUUCUCAACUGGCUCAGGGAGCAAAGAGAAGCGACAAAAUGGAUCUGCAACGCGGGCGAAUGAGGAUGAGGCGCUAGUAAAUGGAGAUAAGGAUGUCGAUAUGAAUAAUGAUGCGACGAAAAAGGAACCAAAGAUUGACAGUAGGAGGAGCGAGACUCCUGCUGUCGAAUCCAGGGAAUCAGAUUCGGAUAGUGCAGCUGAAAAAUCGCUGAGCCAUAGCGACAGUGACUUCCCCGACUCAAAGAAGCUAAAACGGGAGAAAAGUCCCAUGGAGGACAGUGACGAAUCUGAUGUUCAGCCAACCGCUGGCAAGAAACAUUCGGCUUCCCCGAAUCAAAAUAAACGGACACGAUCUCCGAAGAAGGCCAGGGAAAAGCCUGUGGCUGAAGACAAGGAAUCCUCGUCCGCUGAACAGGAGGAUAACAUUUCUGAAAACGAUGAUGAUUUGGCAGAGGAGAAGCCGAAAAUUGCUCAGAAAAAGAGAGAAACGGUCCAGCAGGCAUUGAAGGGAUCUAGAAAGGAUCCCUAUCCAGAUUGGAAAGCUGGAGAGCCCGUGCCAUACGCGGCGCUCUGCACGACCUUCUCCCUUAUUGAAAUGACUACUAAGCGAUUAAUUAUAUUAUCUCACUGCUCCCUAUUUCUCUGCCAAGUUCUUCGUCUUACCCCAAAAGACCUUCUACCAACCGUCCAGCUCAUGCUCAACAAAUUAGCCGCCGAUUACGCUGGCAUCGAACUUGGAAUUGGCGAAUCAUUCAUCAUGAAAGCCAUUGGUGAAUCUACCGGCCGCAGCCUGGCAGUUAUCAAGGCUGACCAGCAUGAAAUCGGCGACCUUGGCCUUGUGGCCGCGAAAAGUCGCUCAAAUCAGCCAACUAUGUUCAAGCCGAAACCAUUGACCGUAAGGGGUGUGCACGAGGGUCUUCUUGCAAUUGCUAAAACACAGGGUCACGGAUCUCAGGAAAAAAAGAUUUCCGCUAUCAAAAAGCUACUGUCAUCUGCUGAUGCUACUCUGGCAGGAAAGGGAUCGAAGGGGAUCGAUAUCACACAAAAUAAAGGCGGCCCAAGCGAAGCUAAAUUUAUCAUUCGUUUCCUUGAGGGUAAACUACGACUUGGUCUUGCUGAAAAGACAGUGCUCGUGGCGCUGGCGCAUGCGAUGGUGGCCCAUGAGGUUGAGCUGCAGGGGAAAAAGGCUCCCAGCACCGAAGAGUUAGGCAAGGGUGAAGCUAUUCUUAAAUCAGUGUAUAGCGAACUCCCUUCGUAUGAAGUCAUUAUUCCGGCUAUGCUCGAGCAUGGAAUCUUCAACCUAAAGGAAAAUUGCAAAUUGCAACCAGGAGUGCCCUUAAAACCUAUGUUGGCCAAGCCUACAAAGUCCAUCACGGAAGUUCUUGACCGUUUCGAAGGCAAAAAUUUCACUUGCGAGUAUAAGUAUGAUGGCGAAAGGGCACAGAUACACUACGUUGCCCGUGAGGAGAUGCACAAAUACCCUUCGACGGCGUCAACUUUGCAGAAAGAUGGUGAAGGCAUCUGUGCCAUCUUCUCACGAAAUUCUGAAGACCUGUCAAAGAAAUAUCCGGAUAUCUUGGGCAAACUAGAGAACUGGGUUAAGCAGGGGACAACAAGUUUUGUGUUGGACUGCGAGACCGUUGCGUGGGAUACGGUCAAUAAGAAAGUUUUGCCAUUCCAGCAGCUCAUGACGAGGAAACGGAAGGACGUGAAGGCUGAAGAUGUCAAGGUUAAAGUCUGUGUGUUUGCAUUUGACCUGUUAUUUUUAAAUGGAGAGCCCACUGUGAAAAUGACACUGCGAGAACGAAGGGCUCGGUUGCACGACGCAUUCACUCCAAUUGAAGGCGAAUUUGUAUUCGCCCAACACGGCGACACUAACGAUCUCGACGAGAUCCAGACAUUACUUGACGAAAGUGUAAAAGCAUCGUGUGAAGGUUUGAUGGUGAAAAUGCUAGAUACCGAAGAAAGCGGAUAUGAACCCAGCAAACGCAGUCGAAACUGGCUCAAGGUUAAGAAAGACUACCUCGCCGGCAUCGGCGACUCUCUCGACCUCGUCGUUCUGGGCGCUUACUACGGCCGCGGCAAACGCACAUCUGUGUACGGCGCGUUCCUCCUAGCCGCCUACAACACCAGCACUCAAACUUUCCAAACAGUCUGCAACAUAGGUACCGGAUUCUCCGAAGCACUCCUCGAAGAGCUACACAAGUCUCUAUCCCCACUCGUCAUCGACCGUCCGAAACCAUUUUACGACCAUUCCUCCGUCCCCAAGGACCAGCCGGACGUCUGGUUCGAGCCAAAAUAUGUUUGGGAGGUGAAAGCGGCGGAUCUGACGCUUAGUCCGCGUUACAAGGCCGCGGCAGACGAGUUUAUGGGUACUAGUAAUGGCGCCGGAAAGGGCAUUUCGCUGCGAUUUCCUAGGUAUAUUAAAAGCCGGGAUGACAAGAAGCCUGAGGAAGCAACGGCAACGAGGCAAGUGGCAGAAAUGUAUCGGAGGCAGGAGAGUAUAUACCUUGAUGAUGAGAGAUAUAGCACGUCGCUCAGUUGGGCACGGUUUUACUAUUAG